AUUAUGAAUGUAACACAGUGUAAUAAUUUAAUUGAAUCCGUAAAAUGGACGGACCCUGGAAAUUUAAUCUCAUUAGCAAUACUCGCUUUUAUAAAUGUUCUCGUUAUCGUUGGUAAUUGUCUCGUGAUUGCUGCCGUCUUUUGUUCCCACAAACUACGGAGCGUCACGAAUUUCUUCAUCGUCAGUCUCGCAGUGGCAGAUCUCCUGGUCGGUAUCGCAGUCCUACCGUUUUCCGCAACGUGGGAAGUCUUUAAGGUCUGGAUAUUCGGCGACGUUUGGUGCCGCAUUUGGCUAGCGGUCGAUGUAUGGAUGUGUACCGCUUCGAUAUUAAAUUUGUGUGCCAUCUCGCUGGAUCGCUAUGUGGCAGUUACGCGUCCCGUUACUUACCCGAGCAUCAUGUCGACGCGACGCGCAAAGUCGCUAAUUGCCGGUUUAUGGGUGCUGUCAUUCGUCAUUUGUUUUCCGCCAUUGGUCGGAUGGAAAGACGACGUCGAGGUGCCAUCUGAAAUUAGUUUUAGCAAUUAUACAAAUUACUCACUGUACGAGCCAACAAUUCUUCCUGCAAUAAAUCCGCCGUGCCAGUGGACAUGCGAGUUAACAAACGACGCUGGCUACGUCGUCUAUUCCGCAUUCGGAUCCUUUUACAUUCCAAUGUUCGUUAUGCUGUUCUUCUACUGGCGCAUCUAUCGGGCAGCGGUACGCACGACACGGGCCAUUAAUCAGGGAUUUCGCACAACAAAAGGAGGCAAGGGUUUUGGAAAUCGUUUCGACGAGCAAAGGCUGACCUUGAGAAUUCAUCGUGGUCGAUCUCAGCAACAUCAUGAUUCGCCUCAUAGCAAUGGAAGUGCCCCUAGUACAACAACUUCAAUUGGAUCUCCGUCUCCCGAGAGACUUUCGCGUUUCAGUACGAGGAAACAUGAAAAAAUCAAGAUUUCUGUUUCGUAUCCUUCGAACGAGAAUUUGUCGGCACGCGAACAAAGUCAUCGCGAAAUGCAGGGGGCGCAUGGUAACGCCCUCUAUGCCGUUCAUUACUCGUCAAAUAACGGCAAAGAGCACACUUCUAGUCACUUGUUUCGAAACAACAACAGCAGUUCGCACAAAGAUAGUUUCCUGAGUGUAAGUAGCGGACUGGGGGGAAGUGGUCAUGGCGAUAAACUUUCUUCCUCGUCGCCACGUGGCAGUAAGAAAAUGGGCAAACGUAAUAUUAAAGCGCAAGUCAAGCGUUUUCGCAUGGAAACGAAGGCUGCGAAAACGUUGGCAAUCAUUGUCGGUUGCUUCAUUCUUUGUUGGUGCCCAUUCUUCACAAUGUAUCUCAUACGACCUUUUUGCAACGAUUGCAUUGAUCCGCUUCUCUUUUCCAUUCUCUUCUGGCUGGGUUACUGCAAUUCCGCCGUGAAUCCCAUGAUUUACGCUCUCUUCUCCAAAGACUUUCGUUUCGCAUUUAAACGAAUAAUUUGCAAGUGUUUCUGCAGCGGGCCUGCUUUUGGUCGAGACACAAGUCGACGAGGUUCCGAUAUGUCGCACUUUAAAACGGGCGGGCGUACGCCAAGUAUUUCGCCAAGUGCCCAGGCGCAUAGUCUCGAUGAAAAUAGCGAUCCCGUAAUUGAGAAUAGCGACUCGAGAUGACGAUCGUUCGCCCUGAGUGUUACGUCGACCACGAGUAGCACGUGCAUGGGUGGAAAUCAGCUGCAACAUAGGCCUUCGUGCUCCUCGAGUUCACGUGGUCCCGUUUAUGACAUUUGUCAUCCGUUGGUAAUGGAAUCGCCAAGUUAUGCGUAUUGCACGUCAACGUUAAAUAACAAUGGCAAAGGUCAUGGUGCGAAUGGGAGGCAUGAGGAGACAAUUAUGAUAAGUAGUAUUGGCACGGCGAAAUUGGGUUGUGAUAAAAAUGACAAGUUGAU